AUGGACCGUCAAAAAGCCAGGGCCUUCCCAGCUGGGCACCUCUGCCCCUCCCUAGGAAUAUGGACCCGAGAGACGGGCAGCGUGAGGCUCUCAGUGCCGCCUUCCAUCAGCAGGAGCCCAGCCAUGGUGAACGAGGCCAGAGGGGAGGGCAGCAUCAGUGGCGGUGAGAGCUCCCAAGACAGUUCGAGAUGCUCCACACCCAGCCCAGACCCCGAGCGGCACGAGAGGCUCCGGGAGAAGAUGAGGCGGAGGAUGGAGGCCGGCGACAAGUGGUUCUCCUUGGAAUUCUUCCCUCCUCGCACUGGCGAGGGAGCUGUCAAUCUCAUCUCGAGGUUUGACCGGAUGGCGGCAGGCGGACCUCUUUUUAUAGAUGUGACCUGGCACCCAGCAGGGGACCCUGGCUCAGACAAGGAGACCUCCUCUAUGAUGAUCGCCAGCACCGCUGUCAAUUACUGUGGCCUGGAGACCAUCCUGCACAUGACCUGCUGCAGGCAGCGCCAGGAGGACAUCACAGGCCACCUGUACAAAGCCAAGCAGCUGGGCCUAAAGAACAUCUUGGCACUGAGGGGAGACCCCAUAGGUGACCAGUGGGAAGAAGAGGAAGGAGGCUUCAGUUAUGCCCUGGACCUGGUGAAGCACAUCCGAAGCGAGUUUGGUGACUACUUUGACAUCUGUGUGGCAGGUUACCCCAAAGGCCAUCCUGAUGCACAGAGCUUCGAGGCUGACCUGAAGCACUUGAAGGAGAAGGUGUCUGCAGGGGCCAAUUUCAUCAUCACCCAGCUGUUCUUUGAGGCGGAGACAUUCUUCCACUUUGUGAAGGCCUGCACUGCGAUGGGCAUCACCUGCCCCAUCCUCCCUGGGAUCUUUCCUAUCCAGGGCUACAACUCCCUCCGGCAGCUUGUGAAGCUGUCCAAGCUAGAGGUACCACAGAAGAUCAAGGACGUGAUUGAGCCCAUCAAAGACAAUGAUGACGCCAUCCGCAACUAUGGCAUCGAGUUGGCUGUGAGCCUGUGCCAGGAGCUUCUGGCCAGCGGCCUGGUGCCAGGCCUCCACUUCUAUACCCUCAACCGUGAGGUGGCCACAACAGAGGUGCUGAAACGCCUGGGCAUGUGGACAGAGGACCCCAGGCGUCCCCUGCCCUGGGCUGUCAGUGCUCACCCCAAGCGCCGGGAGGAAGACGUUCGUCCCAUCUUCUGGGCCUCCAGACCAAAGAGUUACAUCUACCGCACCCAGGAGUGGGACGAGUUCCCCAACGGCCGCUGGGGCAAUUCUUCCUCUCCAGCCUUUGGGGAGCUGAAGGACUACUACCUCUUCUACCUGAAAAGCAAGUCCCCCAAGGAAGAGCUGCUAAAGAUGUGGGGGGAGGAGCUGACCAGCGAGGAGAGCGUCUUCAAGGUCUUUGUGCACUACCUCUCAGGAGAGUCCAACCAGAAUGGCUGCAAGGUGACUUGUCUGCCCUGGAAUGAUGAGCCUUUAGCGGCGGAGACCAGCCUGAUGAAGGAGGAGCUGCUGCAGGUGAACCGGCAGGGCAUCCUCACCAUCAACUCGCAGCCCAACAUCAACGGGAAGCCAUCCUCCGACCCCAUCGUGGGCUGGGGCCCCAGCGGGGGCUACGUCUUCCAGAAGGCCUACUUAGAGUUCUUCACUGCCCGGGAGACAGUGGGAGCGCUUCUGCACGCGCUAAAGAAGUACGAGCUCCGUGUUAAUUACCACAUCGUUGACGUAAAGGGUGAAAACAUCACCAAUGCCCCUGCACUGCAGCCCAACGCCGUCACAUGGGGCAUCUUCCCGGGGCGAGAGAUCAUCCAGCCCACGGUGGUGGAUCCCGUCAGCUUCAUGUUCUGGAAGGACGAGGCCUUCGCCCUGUGGAUCGAGCAGUGGGGCAAGCUGUAUGAGGAGGAGUCCCCGUCCCGCAAGCUCAUCCAACACAUCCACGACAACUACUUCCUGGUCAACCUGGUGGACAAUGAGUUCCCGCUGGACAACUGCCUAUGGCAGGUGCUGACAGACACACUUGAGCUUCUCAACAAGCCUGCCCAGAACCAGACAGAGACAGAGGCUCCGUGACCCAUGUCCUCACCUCCAGGCCGAGGCCCUUUCGUCCUGCCUCUUUCCUUUCAGUCCCGGCUGUCCUGGGCACCCUCCUCAUCAUGUCUCCCAUGCCUGGCCUCCACUCCCCUACAUGACGAUGGCAGCUAGACCAGCAUGAGGCUUUCAGGCUCUGACUGGCCCCGAAUGAGCCCCACAUGAGGGCCUGGUGCUCCUGCCCUAGCCGGGUCUGCGCUCUUUUGGUAGAGGGCGUCUCUGUCCUGCAGAGGACCAGAGUGGGUGGCACUUCCAGAGAACGGGAGGAAGCUGCUUGUUGCCAACUGAACCUUGAACCAAGGCAGCCUCUACAGCCAACCUGGGCUCCAGUGA